AAGAAGAUGUGAGUAGUUGGAAAAUGGCAUGUCUCCAACCUUAGCUUUAUAGCGUUUAAAUAUAUAUAUUUUUAAGCUUUAAAUAAUUACAAAUGGCAUUUUAAAUGGAAAUUUGUUUUUUAAUUACUAAAUUUUCAUUUUCUUUCCUCGAAUUUCUAUCUUUGCUAUUUAUUAAUUCACUUUUAUUAAAUUUCCAAGACGGACGUGAAACCAUUUCCUUAACCAAAAUUCAUACUCUAAAUUUUACAGAUAAAAUAAUAAUAAUUAUUUUGAUAAUUGAAGGAGAAUAAUGUGAUUGUUUGGGAUGGAAGAAUCUUGUUACUAAGAGAUUGUUGGCAAAUUAUUAAUUGAUUUCACAAUAUUAAAUCAAAUAAUAUUUUAUAUAUUAUAUUUUUUUUUGCAUUUUUUCUACUUUAUUUAUUUCUCUUGCAAAACCCUAAAUUAUUGUUUCCUGAACAAAUUCUUGUCUCACACAAAAAGUAUAGCAUUUGUUCUCUGUAAUAUCUGGAUAAUUUUUUUUUCGAUUUUCUGUCAGCAUUUUCAAGCUUUGGCCUCUUUUGGGUGUUCUCAGGAAUGGUGAAAAUUUAAGCCCAAAAAAAAUUGUGUCUAUAUAGAAAAAAAAAAACCAUAUGCAAUUUCAUGUUCAUAAAACUGGGUUCUGGAAAGGGUUUUGAUCUAUAAUGGAUAGGUUGGGUUCAGGGUUUUUGGGGUUGGUCAAAAAGCAUAUAUGAAUGGAGGAGAAAGAGGGAGGAAGGGUUGGUGUCAUAGUGAAAGGAGAUGAAGCUGCACCCAGAAGGGAAAAUCCCAUGUGUUUGGGCGGCAGUAGCGAGAUGAUGAAGAAAAAACGAGGAAGACCCAGAAAGUAUGGAGCAGAUGGGUGUUUGGCAAUGGCAUUGUCAGUAAUGCCCAUAUCAUCCUCGAUUCCACUGUCUCGAGAGUUUUGGCCUUGGAAACAGGGUGAGAUGGUACAAAAGUCACAACAAAAGUAUGAGAUCGAGAGCAGCCCCCCAGCCCGAGGUAACAAAAUUGCAUAUUUUGUGGGGGCAAAUUUCACACCUCAUGUGAUCACUGUUAAUUCUGGCGAGGAUGUUACGAUGAAGGUAAUGUCUUUCUCUCAACAAGGAGGUCGUGCGAUCUGCAUUCUCUCUGCUAAUGGCACUAUAUCAAAUGUUACCCUUCGUCAACCUACUUCAUCUGGUGGUACUCUCACAUAUGAGGGGUGGUUCGAGAUCCUAUCCUUAUCUGGUUCAUUUAUGCCUACCGAGAAUGGCGGAACCAAGAGUAGAUCUGGUGGGAUGAGUAUUUCUUUGGCAGAUCCAAAUGGUCAUGUUCUAGGUGGAGGACUUGCUGGUCAGUUGGUAGCUGCUGGUCCUGUGCAGGUGGUUGUGGCCAGUUUCCUGCCAGGUCAUCAGCAGGAGCAGAAGCACAAGCAACAGAGAACUAAAGCUGCUGUUGUAAGCAAUACCAGAGAAUUUAAGGUGUCGUACGGUGGGGUUAUGCCAAUUCUCACCUCUGCAUCAUUCCCUAUCCACGGGUUUAGAGAUUCUGCUAUUGACAGUAGUAAAACAUCUUCAGCCGGAGAGGAAUCGAAAGGCCACAGUCUAUCGCGGUGUGAGGUUUCCAGUUGAUAGCAUAUGCAUUGUUGAUUUUAAGUAGACAAGCAAGUCCAUAACAAAUAUAAGCUCAUUGGCUUCUUACGUAGGUUGAGAUGGUUUUAACCCAUAAUUGUGCUCUCGUCUUGUUAGGAUUGAGUAGGAUGAGUAGUCAUGGUGUAUUAUUUAGAUCUUGUCUUAUUGAUGUAAAAUUUUAUAAAUGAUUUGAAGUCUAAAAUGUAUGUUGUUUUUGUUAUGCUCUAUUUAGAAGACUGUAUAGUGCUGGUAAAAGUUACCAUAAAGGUCCUGUAUUAAAACUCAAGUUGCAUUUUGACCCCUACAAAAGAAUGAACAAAUCAAUCUUUGAACAAUUGAUCAAAAAGUAAA